GUUCCAGCAAACUUUAAAAAACAAAGAAAGGAGUCACUAGCUCUGGGACAAGCAUCCAAUCAAUCUGAAGACAACGCCAAGAUCACAGAGGAAAACAUCAAGCAGCUUUUCAGUAGACUCAAUCUUAAGUGCAAACUUCAAUCACAAGACUUUUUGCAGGUAACAUCACUGGUGUUGCAGAGACAUGAACCUUGUGAGGAGAGGAACUUGGUACAAACUUUCAUACAACAACUCCUGAUGAUGGAUUACAGAGCAAGAUACAUUCAAAUAAAAGAAAGAAAACAUGAGCUGAACAAUCACAGGACAUCAGCUUUAGAUACAAGAGAAAGUGAUGCUUUUGAGGACAUUUUCGGGAGUAAAAUACAUCCUCUUCACCCAAUGGACAUUCAGAUGGCAGUGUUUCUCCAUGCAGAUAACUUUCUUCGUCAGCUUAUAGCAACCAAACUCUCACAGUGUCAGUAUGCUGUUCCUCUGCUUGUGCCCAAUCCUUUCUACCAAAAGAUUGAGUUUCCAUUAUGGACCUUCCGACAAAUCAAGAAGAGUUGGAAGUUAUAUGAAAAGAAUGAAAGCAAAAUUCAGCCAAUCUACCAGGCAGAGACGCAUAUGGUUGCAUUUUUCAGGUUGUCAGCAGUUUCUACAUCCAAAUCUCAAAUCAUGAACAAUUUGAUCAAUGAACGGCAUGAGACUUUCUUUCACAGGCACUGCCGUGGAAGCAGCAAAUCUCGUCUGCUGAUGGAUGGAGUUGUUGAGAUCGCCUGGUAUUGCCCGUCUGGAGAGAAGACAGAUAAAUUCACUGAUUGUGUUGCGUUCUGUAAUCUUCAUGGUGAUGCACAACCUCAUGAGACACAGCUAAAAAUCCUCACUGAAGAGUCCUCCAUAAAUGUUGUGAUUUUGCCUCAUCUGGAUAGAAAUCACAAAAGUAUGACAAUUGUGGAAGAGCUGUACAACAACUCAAAGCCACUUAUCUGCCUUCUGACUGAAGACGAAUCUGUUUUGACAGAGAUGCGAGGAGGCAAAUAUAAAAUCGGUUUAAAAGAUAGAAAUAAAUUUGAGGUGUCUGAAGAACUGAGAAGAACCAUCAAUGAAUGCCUCUCAAAAACAAUGUCCAAAUUUAAACUUUCAGAUAUGGUCAAACACUCAGAAGUCAAAGUAGAUGAGAAUGAUGAAGACUGCAAGAGGGCCCAUGAAAUGGCAAAACAGAUGACAACAUUACUAGAAAACAAUGAACUCUCUAAAAUUAAAGAAACAUUUCUGCCAUGUCAGGGGAAGUUGUGGCACGAUUGGUGUCAGAAGAACAAAGAACUACAUCAACCUCAAGGAAACAACAUUGAAAUACAUAACAACCAAAAGCAAAUGGAAAUGUUUAAAAUCCGAGAAAAGCAGAAAGAAUCUGGUGUGACAACAUUUAUGAAAAUGUUUAUUGAAAAACUCGACUCUAGCAAUGAUAAUGAGAAGAUGUAUUUCAUCAGAUGGCUUGGGUUCUUGCUGGAUGAAUAUACUUCAGAAGACCUCACAGCACUUCAUCAUAAAUAUGAUCAAAAAUGGUCAAAAGUGUUGGAUUUGAAAAAGAAACAUGAUAAAUCUGAGCAACUGAAAGAAGAACAAACACAACUUGAGAAAAUGUAUGAAAAACUCAAUGAAGCAACAUUUGGUUUGGAACACUUGCUGAGAGAGAUUGGCCAGAUAUAUGAAUCACAUGAAUCUGUCAAGAAGAAUAAAGUAACAGGAUAUCAAUUCAAUGUUAGUUCUCUCCCACGACUUGCCGCAGAGCUCAUGGUUUCUGGAUACCCAUUGGAGCUGAUGGAUGGUGAUGCAGCUCAUGUUCCUCUGAUUUGGGUUAAAGCUGUUCUAGAUGAGCUUAUCAAGAUACUAGGAGACCAGAGAGUCUUUGUCUUGUCUGUUUUGGGGAUUCAGAGUACUGGCAAAUCCACUUUGCUGAAUGCCAUGUUUGGAUUGCAGUUUGCAGUCAGUGCUGGCAGGUGCACCAGAGGAGCCUUCAUGCAGCUGGUCAAGGUGUCAGAAGAACUGAAAGAAGAUUUAAAUUUUGAAUACCUUCUUAUUGUUGAUACUGAGGGGCUCCGUGCUCUUGAAUUGGCUGGCAGGUCAACAAGACAUCACGAUAAUGAAGUGGCAACAUUUGUGGUCGGUCUUGGUAAUAUGACCUUGAUCAGCAUGUUUGGUGAAAAUCAGGACAUCCUUCAGAUUGUUGUUCAAGCCUUUUUGAGGAUGAAGAAGGUGCGACUGACUCCAAGCUGCAUGUUUGUGCAUCAGAAUGUUGGAGACGUCACAGCUGAUGAGAAUAACAUGAAAAGACGUUUACAAGAGAAACUGGAUGAGAUGACUCAGUUAGCUGCUAAAGAGGAAGGUUGUGAUGUUGAAUGUUUCAGUGAUGUCAUUCAAUUUGAUAUAAAGUCUGAUGUGCGGCAUUUAGACCAACUCUGGGAGGGCAGCCCACCUAUGGCUCCACCCAAUCCAUGUUACAGUGAAAAUGUGCAAGAACUUAAGAACGCUAUACUCUCUCAUGCUUCUGAAUCUAAUGGUGUAACACUGGCACAAUUCAGAGAUCGUAUUGGUGACCUCUGGAAUGCACUUAUGAAUGAAAACUUCAUUUUCAGCUUAAAGAAUACUCCAGAGAUUGCAGUGUACAGAGCGUUAGAGGAAAAGUGUGCAAAGUGGACCUGGAGUCUCAGGAGUGCCAUGCUGGAGAUUGAAGAUAAACUGCAUAACAGAAUCAACAACAGGCAACUAGAUAAAGUUGAAAGUAUAGACCUGGAAAAUAAAAUGGCUAAUACCACUAAAAAAGUCAACAACUGUGUUAAGUAUUACUUUGAAGAACACAAAGAAAAGGACAUACUGACUCAAUGGAGAUUACAAUUUCAUGAAAAAAUCAAACACUUACAAGGGGAACUUGUAAGAGAUGCGAAACAAAGGUUAGAUAACAUAAUAUACCAAAGAGAUGCUCUUGAAAAACUGGUCGAUAAGAAAACCUUGCAUGAAAGAAAACUUCUUGAGAAAAGCAAAGAGCUCGCGUUCAGUCUUAAACUAAAACAUCUUGAUGAGAAUGAGCUGAAGACAGAGUUUGAUGAAGUUUGGGAGAAGUGGGUCACUGAGCUGGCAGGAAGUGUUCGCCCUUUUGAAGAUAUUAACAUAGAGAAUGCUGUAUUGACAUUCCUGCAUGAAAUUUACGGAGAAGCACUUGUGCGUGAAAGAUUUCCGGAAUUCUUCAACAUAAAUGAAAUUCAUGAUUUCACCACUUAUGUGAAUUGUAUCAAAAAUUCGAAUGGCUCCAAAGAAUUAACACCAUAUGAACAUGCAUCAAUAGAGCAAUUGGUGCACAACAUCAUUCAUCAAACCGAGAAACACGUUUGGUCAAAAUCAGUUGCAAAGAUGGGUUACAAAACAAGCUAUAUUCAAGAAAUCGAACAACUUGUAAAAAAGACUAUAAAAGGACAUUUGUGUAAUUGCAUAAAUUAUGAAUUCAAGAAAGAGUUUACUGUGGAUUUGAUGCUUUUUAUGUGUAGAAAGGCAGGCAUGAUGUUUAAAGAACUUCAUCAUCUCUACAUAGAGGCUAAUGAUCCAUUGAUUUAUUUAGAGAAAAAGAAACCUGAAUACUACAGCGUCUUUCAAGGUUUCUGCAGAGGUGCAACAUCUGCUGCAAUUUUUGGAUCCUUGAUUUGUAAUGAACUGAAAGAAGCUAUUCUCCAAAGUGUCUACAACAAAACUGCAUAUGAUCUUGCAGGAGAGAUGCUGAUGAAUAUUCCAGCUUUCAAAGGUAACAGAUCCAACCUGGAGAAACACAUUCUGAAAACCUUAGCAGAGAAAGAGGACUUUUACAAGUUCAUUGAGUACAUCCACUAUCUCAGAGACCACCUUGAAGAUUUUAUCAAAACUCAAGUUGAAGCAUACAUAAAAGGAGAGAAGUCCUCAGCUCUUGCCAUUUUGAAAGCAAACAUUAGACACAAGGAGCACUGUGUUAAUAAAGCUGCUGGAACAGCAACAGAUGAGGUCUUGAGUAAAAGAGGAGAUGCAAAUAUGUGGCUAAACGUUUUCUCAAGCUGUCUGAAAGAUGAGCUUGAAUACAAUAAAGAUCAUCUGACUGUUGACAGCUUUCAAAUAAUCACUGACUUUGAACUUCUAGAAGAGGUUGUAAAGAAAGAACUUUGCCACAUCACAGAAGACUUAAAUGGACAUCUAAAGAAUGCAUCUGAUAUUAACAUGACCAUGUUCAGGAAACAACCAGAUGAGAUUUUGAUUGAGCAUUUCUGUAAGUGCUGCUGGGUUGAAUGUCCCUUCUGUGGAGUUGUUUGUGUUAACACAAUUGAAGGCCAUCCUGGAGAUCAUACUGCUCCCUUUCAUCGAAACUGUGGGAUGACAGGGAUGAUUUACAAAAAAACGGAUCAUCUAAGCUGGAGUGUGUGCACAUCUGCAGUGGCCAGUAACCGUUUCUUUUUCAAAUCUGAUGAUUCAGAUGACAAAAUUCUAUGGAGGAAGUACAGAACCGCAGGUUCUGAGUUCGCAAGUUGGUGCAUCACACCUGAUCUCUCAGAGCUGCCGUACUGGAAGUGGUUUGUGUGUCGAUUUCAGGGUGAUUUGGAAUACUACUAUGAAAAAACUUUUAAGGGCCAGAUUCCAGAUAAUUGGAGAUCCUUCACAAAAAAGGAAGCUCUCGAAAGUUUGGAUAAAUACAUAUGCAAUGAUAAGCUGGGAUAAAUAUAGGGUCAUAUAGUAAAUGUACCUAACAGAUCCAUGUGCACACUUUUAAUGAAAGGUGUAAUGUAACAGUGAAUUUUAAAGAUAAUAUUGUGAUACAUGCAUGUUUAAUCUUAUAGGGUCUAAUUGUAUUGUGAACACAUUUGACAAGGCACUGUAAAUAGGAUUAACAAAAAACGAAAGUAUAUCACCACAGCUAACCAUUUGCAUCAAGAGCCUUUACAAUGAAAUGUUAAAAUAUUCAGAUUAGCAUGUUUUGAUUACUAGAAAUCUACAGACUAAAGUAAGUGGGCUUAAAACAAACACAGUUUGGACGUUUUAUUUUUAUUAUAGUAAAAAACAUGAAAACAAAAUAUACUAAAAUCUCAAAACUACAUGAAACAGUGUCCUGCCUUAAACAGUAACUUCAUAAUUUUGCUAAAGAAGACCAUGGUCUCUGUGUGAACUGAUUAUUUGGUAAGAAUUUGUUGAAUAUGAAACAAUUGCAUGAGUGU